CAAGAUGGCGGAGAUGGACCAGCUGUUAGACGAGAGCUCCUCGGCAGAGGCACUUGUCAGUCUAAAAGAAGGCAGUUUGUCCAACACUCUGAAUGAAAAAAACAACUUCCCAAGAGCUCACAACACCAGGGGACGAAACUCCUCCCUCACAAUGGACACACCCACACGGAGCUCAAAGAGGAGCCGUUUGUUUCGGGAGGAGGAUGAGGUGUCGCCCCAGCAACGUGUCCCAUCCAGAUCCCCUCGGAGGAGCCAGAGGGUCAGCACCACGCCACAGAAAUGUUCUAAUGUGGCGACACCAGAUAAGAAAGCAUCCCAGAAAAUAGGGCUGAGAUUAAGAAACCUCCUUAAGCUACCCAAAGCUCACAAAUGGUGCAUCUACGAAUGGUUCUAUUCCAAUAUCGACAGACCUCUCUUUGAGGGUGACAAUGAAUUCUGCUUGUGCCUCAAAGAGUCUUUCCCCAACUUGAAAACAAGAAAGUUAACAAGGGUUGAGUGGGGAACAAUCAGGAGACUGAUGGGGAAGCCUCGACGGUGCUCAUCAGCAUUCUUUUCUGAGGAGCGGACAGCGCUGAGGCAGAAGAGGCAGAAGAUGCGCCUGCUGCAGCAGAGGAAGCUGUCUGACGUGUCCAACUGCAAAGACCUUCCUGAUGAAAUCCCUCUGCCACUCAUCAUAGGAACCAAAGUCACUGCGAGACUCCGAGGCGUCCAUGAUGGGUUGUUCACCGGGCAGAUUGAUGCCGUGGACACCAGUGCCGCCACCUACCGCGUCACCUUCGACCGCAGCGGCCUCGGAACACACACUGUGCCUGACUACGAAGUGUUGAGCAAUGAGCCCAAUGAGACCAUGCCCAUUUCAGCCUUUGCCCAGAAGCACCGGAUAUCUCGCUACAUGCAUAACGUCAUGACUCCGCCCAGAGGGACGUACCCGUCCGGUACGACUCCUGUCCUCAUGGAUAAUGACCCUCUUAUCAACCUGUCACCGUGGAGGAACAAACUGCCUGGUGCUGAGGGAGAUACUCUGGGGGGAUUUCCUGUCAAGUUCCUCGUCCAAGUGACAAGGCUGUCGAAAAUCCUCAUGAUCAAGAAAGAGCACAUCAAGCACUUGAAAGAAAUGAACACGGAGGCAGAGAAACUGAAGUCGUACUCGAUGCCUAUUGACCUGGACUUCCAGAAGCGAUAUGCAACCACAGUGCUGGAGCUAGAGCAGCUCAAUAAAGAUCUCAACAAGGUGCUUCACGAGGUCCAGCAGUUCUGCUGUGAUCUGGCUCCAGAUCAGGGCAUGGUGCCGGCCGACCACCCCACAGAGCUGCGGCGGCGCUGCGAGGACGAGGCCCAGCAGAUGGUGCAGCUGAGCAACUCUCUGAAGGACGGACAGCAGAGUGUGACCAACCCCAGCCUCACACAGCUCAUGUCCCGCCUCACUGCGCUGCUGCUACAGAUCAAGUGUCUGGCUGAUGGAGGAGACUUGAAUUCUUUUGAGUUUAAAUCUCUAACAGACUCCCUUAAUGACAUCAAGGCGUCGAUUGAUCCCUCCAACCUCAGUUGCUUCCAGAACAACGUUGAGAUCCACGUGGCACACAUCCAGAGCGGCCUUAGUCAGCUGGGCAACCUGCACGCAUUUUCUGCCAACAACACCAACGCAGUCUGAGUGCGGCCCGCCCCCCGCCACACGCAGAGGUGUGGCCCAUUAACAUCGUCUUUUGAGGUGGUGCUUUCACUUGAACUGAUACAAGACUGCAAACAUAAAUAGCUCUAGUGGAUGUUUUGGACCAGAAGGUUACAAUCUGAAUGUGGAUGUUUCUGGGAAACGGCUCAGAGUUCUGCCCAGACUCCUGACGUUAUUUCCUGAAUGGAAGAUGUCGUAAGUAUUUUACCCACCCGUUUUAUUGUAGGAGAAUGUUGGUGCACCCAAUUAAACACAAAUGAAAGAGCCUUUAGUUAUCGCCACAAAUCCACAUCUACAACCUCUCCACGGUUAUUUAUUGGUUCCAUGUGCCAAACAUUGAUUCUUACUGUUUUUAUAGUCCAUAUUUAUUUAUUUUUGAGUAGGUGUUCAUGGUUAUUAAAACGAUAUUUUGCUAUCUCUAAA